CUCACGCUACUUGGAUUUUCUCACCGAAUACAACCACGUGCUUUAUAAAAAGUCAACCACAAAAAUCGUAUCAACCGGCGAUCUCGGUUUCUCUAAAAGGAAAUAGCUCCACGGUUCACCGACCCAGCCGGUAACAAUCAUACAAACUCUUAUACACGUCUGUGUUGGCCACACGUUUUAAUCAAAAUCAGCUCUCUGCAAAAAUUCUUCCGGCGUGAAGAACCAAAAAAAUUCUCAGGCUAUUUUGCUCAGAGAAAAGGAAAUCAAUGGAUCAAAAAUCAUCCCAGUGUCCCUUCGUUGCCGAAAGCAUCAUCCAAAAGUGCCCUUUCCUCAGAAACAUCAACAAGCCUACCAGCUUCUCCCUCUCCUCCUUGAGUUUCCCAGUUCCUGUGCACGAAGGUAGCAAAGGUCCGAUUUUUGAGGAUGGUCCGGGCUUUGAUUCAGCUUUCAAGCUCUUCCAUGGCAAAGACGGUAUCGUGCCGUUAUCUGGACAUUCUAGUUUCAGAGAUGAUGUCGAAGAUGAGACUCCUCGUGCUGCUCCGCAGUUCAAUCCUCUUGCGGGGAAGGUAGCUACCAUAAGCCUAUCAGCUUUUGGUCCUGGAGGACCUUUUGGGUUUGGUCCUUUCUCUGACAAGUUCAAGAAACAACAGAAGAAACCCAAAAAACAAGAGUCUGGGGACACAUCGAAACACGAGGCUGUUGGUGACGAAUGGUUAAAAACAGGGAACUGUCCAAUCGCUAAAUCUUACAGAGCUGCAAGCAAAGUCAUGCCUCUUGUUGCUAAAGCAUUACAGCCACCGCCUGGUAUGAAGUUUAGAUGUCCAGCUCCUAUAGUAGCCGCAAGAGCUGCGCUUUCCAAGACCCCUUUGGUUAAAAGCCUUCGCCCCCAGCCUUUACCUGAAAAGAUGCUCGCAAUCGCUCUCAUGGGGAUGGCUGCAAACGUGCCUCUCGGUGUUUGGAGAGAACACACCAUAAAGUUUUCGCCUUCUUGGUUUGUGGCGGUCCAUGCUGCUGUGCCUUUCAUAGCUAUGCUCAGGAAAUCUGUGCUGAUGCCUAAAGCAGCCAUGGCUUUGACCAUCGGAGCUUCGAUCUUGGGACAGGUCAUUGGGUCAAGAGCUGAACGUUACCGUCUCAAAGCGUUGGCUGCUAAUACAGUUGCUGAAACAUCCACUGUUACCGCGGGUGAUGGAUACAAUGAGGUCUCUGAUGGUUCAGGCUUUGCUAAAGGACAUUGUGGUGCAGGGGAAGGAGUGAAGGAGGUUUAUUACAAUGCGAAUGUUGGAGAAUCUGCUAAAUCAACUGGGCUCUGCUAUUGAUACAUGUUCUUAUUAAAACUACAAAAUUACUAUGCAAUGUUUUGUGUUGGAAGGAUUUAUAAUUCAGUAAUGUUGUGUAAAACAGCCUUUUAUUCCUUAAAAAUUGGUGAUAAUAAAAGGUGAAUAAUUCCCCUGUAAAGACGUUGCUUGAA